AUGGCUGCGUCCGGUUCUGGAGACUCCCUAGAUACCAAGAGUGGAAAGGCCCCGAUGGCUCAGUGCAUCGACCCAGCUCGGGAGAAAUUGACUCCCGCGCAGCUGCAAUUCAUGCAGCAGGUGCAACUCGUUCAAAGGCAGAAGACGCUGCCACAGCGACGGACCCAGAACAUCGUGACUGGCCUGGGCAUCGGAGCCCUCGUACUUGGUAUUUAUGGUUACACCUUCUACUCAGUAUCCCAAAAGCGUUUCCUAGAUGAGCUAGAGGACGAGGCCAAAGCUGCCCGAGCCCGAGCCCUGGCUAGAGCGUCAGGCCCCUGA